AUGACCCAGCCCAUGAACGACCCGAGUCCCCAGAAACCGCGUAAUGUGCUGGAUAGGAUGGCGUCGCGCCGUGGCUCCAUCCAGUCAGUAGUACUUGAGCACAUCCGUCGCAACUCGGCCUUAAGCACGGCUCCACUGCGGUCGUCGCUCCUAAGACCGCGAUCGAACUCAGUGGAAUUAUUGCUGUUCGAAGUACAAAACGCCUUCGACCCCAACUCGAUUUUCAUUCACGUGUGGCAGCAACUGUUGCUGGUUUGUGUCAUCUACGAGAUUUCCAUCUUGCCGUACCUAGUGGUGUUUCGAGAGACAAACAUUUCUAGAGACACAGCAGAACUCGUGCAACUUUACGUCUGCGAGCUCUUCUUUCUAGCCGACAUUUACGUGGAACUUAACACAGGAUUCUACGAAGGCGGCGACGUCACCAGAGACGCCAAAAAGUCUCGAACAAGGUACCUCAAGUCGCCCCGAUUCAUCCUCGACAUCGCGGCACUUGUGCCAAUGUCAUUUUUUCCAACACAAACAUCUGUGUCAAUUGCAUUUUUCGAAAUGCACAAAUUGAUUCGAGUAUGGAAAAUCCCAAAGUUUAUUUCACAACUAGAUGACGUAUACGCCAAAUAUUUCGUGGUACUGAAAAUGUUCAAAGUGUUGCUAGGGAUUCUGCUAUUGUCACAUUUCAUAGCCUGCGUUCGCUUCUUGUUCGGCUACGAUGAACACGGUCAUGACCACUGGUUGCCACACAUGCCUGACCACGAACAAACGUCCCGAACGAAAUAUCUCAUGUCGAUUUUUUGGGCGUUUGGCGUAAUGACGGGACUUUUUGAAGGAGAAUUGCCACAUACAAUUCUGGCGUUUAUUUUCACGAUUUUCGUGGCGAUUUGUGGUUUUUUGCUCUUCACUUACCUGUGUGCCACAUUUUUCAUGAUUUCCAAGUGCGAAAGUCAAAACGAGGCAUCCGAAGCACGAAUAAACCAGUUCAAACAUCUACUCUCGUUUCACCACGUUCCUGAGGAGCUGCAAACCCAAGCAGUGGGUUAUUUGAAGCGAUAUUACACGUACGCAGAGUCGAAUGACCGUGAAGCAAUGCGGUUAUUAUGUCCGUCCAUUCGAAAAGAUGUACAGGUGGCGUUGAUGAAAGACCGAGUGGCAAAUGUUGUUAUCUUUCAAGGCUGCAACGAACAAUUCAUCGUCGCGAUCACAAGUUUGCUUGAGAUGAUGUCGGUGCCGGCGUAUUUCGUAGUUUUCAAAGCCGGUGACAGAGGAGACGCCAUGUUUUUCGUCAAUUCUGGGGUGCUUCAUGUCAUGGUGGACGGGGUGAAGGUGCGGGAGGAGCGUAAAGGGGAUUUUUUCGGCGAAAUGAGUGUUUUUCUCAACCGUCCUCGUCAUGCCACAGUGGUGACCAACACGUAUUGCACUCUUUACAAACUCGAACGUUUCCACCUCGAACGAGUACUCGACGGAUAUCCAGAGUACGCAAAGUUGAUUACAAAGCAAGUAGAGGAGAUGGCAAGAAGAAUUUUCAGCGGCAAGUCGCGAGAUCUGCUUCCAGAUGCAAAAACAGGAAAAGGGAAAACGAUCUCGAGACUUCUUCGCAAACAUUUGCAAAACGAAAAAACAAAACCGUCACUGGGCUGGGUAGUGGCUAGUGCGGUAGUGAAGAAAGAAGCCAACGUGCCUGCACAAGAUAAUGACGAAGCCUCGGUAAAGCCAACAGUGGGGUGGCUAGUGGCAAAUGCAGUAGCGAAGAAGGAAAUCGUCGCGCCAGCGUCAGAUAGUGACGAAACAUCGGUCAAACCAUCAGUGGGGUUAUUACUGGCAAAGGCAGCAGCGAAGAAGAAACUUUUAAUGCUUGCUCAAGCGAACAACGAGGCUUCGCUAACGUCAAAUUUGCCUACAACUCCAGCCCCACAGCCUCAAGACAGCAAUUUGGCUCGCCUAACUAAUCCCAGCCCUGUAAUAGUCGACGCUAACCUCCAAACAACUGUACCCCAGGCGCCAUGUAAACCUAUAGAAGCCGUCCCAGUACCCAGUGACACUCGUUCGGAUAGCUCGAAGAAAGCGUCGAGUCAAGAACAGGUAGCGGAGACUGUGGAACCACUAUCCGUGACUAAGCCGAAGUCGGACAGGAGAACGAGUUUAACGAUGCCUCCUGUGACACAAAUGGUGGCGGCACAGUUAACUCUGAAAAGGGACCCAAUGGCUCCAUUUUGGUCUGUUUUGCUUCUGAAAAAGGCCAUAGAUUUCGAAUCAAAGCGGCGGAUGUGGUGGAUCUUGGCGUUGGAAGUAAAUCUCGUCUACUUUUGGUUCGUAAUCCCGACUCGUCUUGCCUUUGAGGUUUUGAACCACCCGAACUGGUUGAUUACCGUUUUAAAUGUGCUCAUGGAGAUUGCACUGUGGGUGGAUAUUUACUUAAAUUUUAACUUGUCAUAUUUGGAGAACGCGGAAAAAAUUUGGAAAACUAGUUGUACGGCGCGAAGAUAUUUUAAAACAAAGUUUAUCUUCGAUCUAUUAUGCGCAUUACCUCACUGGGCGAUGGGAUCCGAGUUUCUUCGACUUUUACGGCUGUUACGAAUGUGGCGAGUUCUGGACCAUGUCAAAGAAGUUGACGAAUUUUUACAUCUUGACAACAAAAAGCGGUUGCUAUUAUUUGGCUGGUUAAUGAUCAUGCUCUAUCACACUGUGGCAUGUCUGCAUUUCAGUGUAACUUACCUGGAAGGAUUCAGCUCGAGUCCUCAUGCGUGGCUUCCAUCCAGUGAUUUACACUUGCGUCGACUGAAUGAAACGUAUUUUAUCGAUUCAGAGGACGCAAUUUACGCAGUUGGUUCUUCCGAGAUCAUUAAAAUCGGAUUGAACCAGUAUUUUCGAUCACUAUACUACGCUUGCUACGUUAUCACAGCUCUCGGUCGACCCGUCGAACCAGCCAGCGACAUUCAAUUCGGCGCAGCUCUGGUUUUCAUGCUCAGUGGGUUUUUCAUUACCGCGAUUGUAGUUGACAACGUUCAGAAGAGAUUUACUGCUUCUGCUUUCGAACAAAAAGAAUUUUUCGCCAAUCGUACUCGAAUCCAGCUUUUCUUGAUGCGACAAAAUGCUCCUGUGGCAAUUCACCAACGGGUGAGCACUUUUCUCGAUUUUUGGUGGUCUACACAUCGCGGAGCAGUCAUCGGUUCUCUAUUGGAAGAGCUCCCCGCAUCGAUCAAGAACGACAUCAUGAAGAGCAUUUGCAAGCCUGCGCUGCAAACAGUAGCAUUGUUGGCGGGGGUUCGACCUGUUGUAAACGAAUUGGAACAGGUUUUUAUCGACAACGUUGAAUUUAUUCUCUAUGGUCAAGGAGAACUUGUGUAUCGUCAAGGAGACUUUGCAGGAGGUUUAUUUUUCCUGCUGGAGGGCGAAUUGUGUGUGAUAGCGAAUGGAGGUGCACCGCGAAGUGUCCCACAAGGGAGUUUUAUUGGCACAGCAGCGCUGCAGUUUGACACUAACUCACCCAAUUAUUCGGAGCGUGUGAUGACAAUUAGCGGAUGUAUCAUGUUGUUUAUUUCGCGAGAACAUUUACUCUUGAUGAAAAGUACGUUCCCAUCACUGCCCGAGGCCUUGGAGGCACUCGAAAAACGCUUUUUGGACCCGAAAUUCCUCAAGGCAUCGGAAAUGUCUGCGGGUGGAGCAACUUCAAGCAAUCGUCAUUUUAUCAUCGUUUGGUUUUCCGAACUCGUGUUCGAUCCGGACUCUGGGGUAAUAAUUGCGUGGGAGGCGUGGAUAUUUAUCGUCAUGACGGUGCAAUGCGUGCUGACCGUAUCAAUAAUUUGCUUCCCUGUACCAUCCGAAACGAUGGAAAUUAUCGACAUUAUUAGUUUCCUGAUCGAGAUAUUUUUCAUACUCGACUUGUUCGUAAGAUUUCGGUUAGGUUUUCACGAAUUCGGUAACAAAGUCAUGGAUUUGCGCCUGAUUAGGAAUAAUUACGUGCGUUCGCGGUCGUUUAUGAUCGAUACCUUGGCAUUACUACCCCUCUAUUUCGUUGACUGGGGGCUGGCAAAUACGGGUCACCAUCUUGAAAUUCUCAAUCUGAAUAAACUCAUAAGGCUUUUCAAAGUUCCGGCGCAAUUUGCAGCAUUGGAGAACAAACACCUCAAGUAUACGUUGCAACUUCGACUGUUCAAGUUGGUGUACUACACAUUUAUACUUUCACACACGCUUGGGUGUUUUUACUUCGACUUUCGCUCCCAUGCAUCCCAGAUGCAUAACUCCGGACAUAGUGAGGACUCGCAUGCUAGAAACGCACACUGGUUGGCUGAAGAAUCGUUGCUUGAGGAAGGGUAUCCUUUACAGUAUUUUACGUCGCUGUUUUGGUCUUUCGGAGUCAUGUCGGCAUCCUAUCCAGGUGAACUCCCUAAAACCACGUCCCAGUGUUUAUUUAACACCAUCACUCUCACUUUUGGCUUCUUCCUGUUCGCAUACGUCAUUGGGAAUUUCUCUGACGUUAUCGAACUUAUGGAUGCUGAGAACCGAGAAUAUUACGCUACUCUCAGUUCGUUCAGGCAUUUGUUGGAACAUUUUAGACUUCCACUCCCCAUUCAAGAACGCUUCAAGGCUUAUUUCUUCUUCAAGCGCUUCCACUCGAUCACGCAGGAACAUUUACUUGAAAGUUACCUUCCUCCGUCUCUGUUAACGGAUAUCCGAAUGGUGCACUUGCAACCGAUGAUCGUGAAGGUUUCUUUCUUGGCUGGUAUGAAUGGAAGUGUGACGAGAAUGUUGGUCUCGCAUUUCAGCCAAGUUAUGAUCGUCAAAGACGAAUUUGUCUACAAAUACGGGGAGGAAGGCAGCGAUAUGUAUUUCGUGUUUGCUGGUCUUCUGGAUACAUUAAUACCUCGUGAAGAAGAGUUGAAGCAACAAGCUGCUAUGCCCACUGUAACAACAACCUCAGUUUUAACGAGAAAACAAAGUAUAAAAGCACGACCGUCUAGUCGAAAAGUGCAUCCUCGACCUCAAUCCGAGUGGACAAGCGACAAAUUAGAUCUCAACGUACUAAGCAAGCUGAACCAAGUCACUGCAGGAGAUUACUUCGGAGAAAAUGCACUAUUUGUUGAUAACGUACGGAAUGCUUUCGUGUUGGCAAAAUCGACCUCAAUUCUGUACAAAUUAUCGAGAAAUUCCCUCGAGAUCGUGUUUAAUCGAUACCCUGAGUGGAAACAAAAAGUACUCCGAAUUAUCAACGUGCAACAGCAGAAGCUACGAUUAAAACAUAUUGCUAAAAUGGAGAGAUAUAACUCGAUAGGAUCUGCUAUGACUGAAGACGAUCACAUGAACGCGUACGCCGAGAGAAUGGAAGAAGCCGUAAUUUCAGCUCGGUACAAACGCCCUAGUGCAGCCAGUGCGAUCAGCAGACGAGAAACAGCAGAACGUACACCAUCGAUGAGAAACAAGAUUGCUAAAAAGGAGUCCAAAUUACGCGCUCCUAAAUUUGUGGCUGUGCUAUUCCGUGGAGCUCCUGCGCAGAGUUCUUCCCACUUGGCGUGGAUCAAGGUGAUUAUUUUCACUACUUUGUUCAUGUCUAUUGUAGUGCCUUAUCGCAUAUCGUUCGACUCGAUGGAACACACCGAGUGGUUACCAGUUGUUAUUCGAGAACUGGAAAUUCUGUGCGAGGUGUUUUAUAUUGCCGAUAUCUGGGUGAAUUGGCGAAUCCAGCGGUCAAGUGAAUCGGUCGAUUUGUAUGAGCAAGACCACCGCGAAACGUACAAAAGUGAGAGACUUCUGUACGAUAUUUUGGCGGCAUUUCCUCUUGACUAUCUUGUCUCCAGCUUCUCGAAUGACCCGUUGUAUCGCAUCAAUCGCUGCCUAAAAUUGCGUAAUUUCCUGCACUACAUGGACGAAAUCAACCGAGGAAGUAUUCAUAAGGAGAUGCAUCGCCUGCGAACUGCGUCGGUACUCUAUGUGGUGUUAAUAUACUGGGGUGCUUGUAUGUAUUUCUCCAUCGCGGUGUAUGAUCACUUUGGUAACGAAUGGAAUGCCUGGCUGCCUGAUGCCAGUCUCUCCGAUCCAGAGGGAAAACAAACAUUACGAUUAUUGCGUGGAUUAUUUUUCGCAACGACGUCAUUUAUCAAGAAAGGCCGAACUUUCCAACCAGAUACAAUUUUCCACUUUGUUUUCUGCAUUAUUGUGUGUUUCGUUGGGCUUUUGACCAUGGCGUUCAUGAUCGGAGAGUUCGCCAACCUCUUUAUUUCUUACAUUAGCAACGAAGUGGAAUAUCGGAAAAAUCACAUUGCGGUUGAAAUGUAUUUAGCGCGAUGGAAAAUUACGGGAGAAUUAAGAAUUCGGACGCAAGCUUUUUUAUCUUCGCUGUGGUCGUCACACCGAGGUGUAGAUUACCAAUCAUUUCUGGAAGGUGUACCAGUCUGUAUUCGUACAGAUUCGGUUCUCGUCAUUGCACAGGCGCCGCUGAAUUCCUUCGUUAGCGAUAUAUUUCGACCUCUUCCUCGUAGUGAAAAUUUUAAUUUCGUUGAGAAAUUGACCCAAGAUAUUGCACAAUAUCUCAAAUUCGAGGGCUAUCCCCGAGACGAGAAUGUGGUGGUAGAAGGAAGCAUCGCAAAGUCCAUGUACUUUGUUGUACGUGGCUAUUUGUACUCCACGAGUGAAUCUCAGCCGAAUCGCACCUCCAGUUACAGUAAAGGUGCCUACUUUGGUGAGAAAGGGUUACUGGUUUGCUCAGUUAGUGCGUGCUCCAUCCGCACCCUAAGAGCGUGUGAUUUGCUUUCGUUAGGCUCCGAUUCUCUAUUGCGAGUGCUUCAAAGUCAUCGCGUUACAAAACUUGCAUACGAAAUUGCAACUCAGGCAGUUCAGAUUGUCAAAUCUAGAGAACGAGUGACGUCCAGUGUGACGGCGACGGAGACUGAGUGGGGAGAGGCAGUGAUGGCAGCGAUACGCUUGAAGAACACAGAAGUUAGCGCUACUGGUUCGAGUGCACACGACAUCGUGGUAGAAGAUGAACUUAAUGCUGGUGUGCAAUCUCGUAAGCAUAUACUGGAAUUACUAGGAUAUUUUACCACAUUAGAGCGGGCUGUUGAUGCAUUCGGUGCCUUCCGACAGCUACUCCAGCUGAUAGUUCCUAACGGACAACUUCAUGAUUUCGGAGAACCGACGGAGGUACCAGUUGAAAAAUCACCUACGAUGAGUGAGAUUGAUGUCCGGACUGAGGAGCAAGUGCAGGCACUUGCUGUCAUUGGGCGUCUCUUUCGCAGGAAAGCCAACACAGUCGCUCCAAUGACGACAACUACAAGUAGCACACCCAAGCAAGAAGAACCCGUCCCAUCAGGGGUGGCAGAUCACUUGAUGCAGUACGAGUCAGCCCAGUUGAUUCCAGCUCCAACAUUGAAGCCAAUCGAGAAUCAAUCGCGACGCGAGUCAGCACGUAGCUUAAGCUCGUCUCAGCAUAUUUCCCAACCACGGUUGGUAGCAGUGUCACCACUAGCCUCACCGCCAGUGACUCUAGUGGAAUCUACACCAGCUCCGGAGAGUGAAGGAUUCGAGAUUCUAGCCGUAGUUGCUCACGCUCGCAUCUCGGUGCUUCGCUUUCGCUACAACCGAAACGGGGUCGACUACAAGUGCGAUUUAAGCUUUGAAAACGAGUUGAGUGUGUGGAAUACACGCCUUCUGCGAGCGUAUGCGUCUUACGACGAACGAGCUCGUGAUGUAGGACUCGCAGUGAAGCACUGGGCCAAGCAACGCAGCGUCUCCGACACUGCUUCUGGAUUUUUGAGCUCUUACUCGUACGUGCUGAUGAGCAUCUACUACCUGCAGGUUGUGGAUAUUCUCCCGAACCUGCAGGACCCGGAGCUUGUACACAUUGCGGAAAUUCCAACCUUGGAGCAUGAUUUUGAGAGCAUUGCGUUUUGCGAAGAUCGUGAUACUGCAAAAAUCUAUCAUGGAAAAUCUAUCCACGCAGACGAGUUGGUAGAUAAAUCCGUCAUUACUACUGGGGGUUUCGAGUACUACACGUCGCAAUUCGAUUGUAUUAAGCACGUCGUGGCUGUGUCUGUGGUGCAGAAGACUGAAUUAUGGGGUACUCAAGCAAAGACGUGGCGUUUAUGCAUCCAGGAUCCCAUUCAGACAUCGCGCGAUCUCGGUGGGGUGCUCCAUUUUGAUGCUCAACAAAAACUCACUGAAGAGUUACACAGAGCAUAUGAGUUUCUGUUUAGUGGGGAAAGUUUCUUGGAUGUUGUUGUCUGA